CAUCUUUAGGUCGCAGCAACUUAGGGAAUAUCUUUGCUUGCUGCUGGAAGACGUCAUGGAUCCACGCAUGUAUUCUAGCCUGCACUCUUCAACCGCUUCGGCGCCCUCACUGCGAGCGAGCGAGCCGAUUGCGCUGAUGGCGCCUCCACCGAUGGCCGACGACCCGGGAAACGUCAAAGUCGUAGUGCGCUGCAGAGCCUUUGUUAGGAGAGAGCGAGAGAAGGGCACGCAAUGUCUCAUUCGCAUGGAUCCCGCUACUAACAGGACCAUACUCCUCGCACCGAACGACGGCGACCUAGAUUCAAAUGCGCGCAAAGCAUACGAAGACAAAGAGUUCCUCUUCGACAAGUCCUUCUGGUCCCACGACGAAGCCGACCCCCACUACGCACACCAAGAGGAUGUUUACAGGUCGUUCGGGGAGGAGUUUCUCGACCACAACUUCAACGGAUAUCACACUUGUAUUUUCGCAUACGGUCAGACAGGGUCAGGCAAGAGCUACACCAUGAUGGGCACACCAGACAAUCCUGGCUUGAUACCGCGGACAUGCGAGGAAUUGUUCGACAGAAUUCGAGAGGAGCCAACACCCAAUACCAGCUACCAUGUGCAGGUCUCUUACUUUGAGGUGUACAACGAGCACGUCCGAGAUCUGCUGGUCGUGCGCACGAACCCGCCCAUGUAUCUGAAGAUUCGCGAAUCUCCAAAAGACGGCGUUUACGUCCAGGGCUUGACUGAAGUAGAGGUGAAGAGCUACAAAGACGUUGAACGGUUGAUGAAGCUAGGAGACAUGAGCCGGACAACAGCGGCGACGAAGAUGAACGACACUUCCUCUCGAUCCCACGCCGUUUUCACCAUCCGUCUCAAGCAGAUCACACAUUCCCUUCUGUCGGAUGAGACAAUCGAGCGAACUGCCCGAAUGCGACUCGUCGAUCUUGCAGGAUCCGAACGUGCGAAAUCCACAGAAGCCACGGGCCAGCGUUUGAAAGAAGGCGGGCAGAUCAACAAGUCGCUGACUACCCUUGGUCGUGUGAUCGCCGCGCUGGCGGAUCCACGUCGGCACAAUCCAAAGGGACGAAGACCAAGAGAAGUGGUGCCGUAUCGAGAUUCAGUUUUGACAUGGCUCUUGAGAGACAGCUUGGGCGGUAACAGUAAGACCGCAAUGGUGGCCUGUAUCGCGCCGUGUGACUAUGACGAAACACUGUCGACACUCCGAUAUGCUGAUCAAGCGAAACGCAUCCGCACGCGUGCUUCGGUCAACCAGGAUUGCAUGUCUGCCGCACAGCGUGAUGCGCAGAUCAAGGAGAUGGCCGAACAAAUUCGUUCUCUGCAAGUCAGUGUUAACGCAGCGAGCCAGAGGAAGAGAGAGGAGGCGACCGAACUGGAAGAGUACCAACGACAAGUUGCCAUGAUGCAGCGCCUCAUGGAGGAGAACCGCCAGGUCUCAGAUUGCAAGAUCAAAGCCCUCACAGCUGAAGUCGAGGAGCUACGGCCCCUCAACGCAGCGCUCCGUUCCGAGAUCGAGGCUCUGCGUCGACACUUGUCCCUGGCUCUAGGAGAGCUCAAGAACCCCAUCAUCUUGCCACCGCCUCAGCCUGCUUCUCCGGAGCUGGAACAGGACGGGUUUAUCCAUGUGAACAAGCGCGGAAUGGAGAGUGGUGAGGAUGGUAAAGAGAACUCUAUCCCCAUCCGUGCAGAUGAUGAGAUGAGCGAUGAUGACUCGGACUCAGGAUACGAUGAAGGCGACCACGACGAGCUCGCCCAGGAGCUACAGAACGAAGCACAGGAGUUCCUGAAGGAUCUCGGCUUAUUCAGGAGGAAGGUCGGAGGCGACGUUGAGCGGUUCGGUGCGCGUGAAGAGUUGGGCAAUUUGAUCGUCAAUUGAGUGGCUGCAUCUGUCUGGUGUUUUGUUCCCCCCUGGGCAGAUUACGGGAAUGAUGGUUGUGGGAGACUAGUUUUGUAUACAAGAUUGGACUCGGAUUGGGUUAUGAAAGCAUUGAGCGAAGGCGUCCUGUUUCAAUUGGGCUGUUCCAAGACCUCUCUCAAUGGUAUAUAGUAGCUAGCCAUAAUUCAAUAG